UUCCGAACGCGGUGCAGUGUGUGACGAACCUUAUAAGAUGGACCACGAGGGAGUGCCCGAGUUAGAAAAAAUAAUCAAAAAUGGAACGGAAAAUGGAGUAUGUGAGAAAAAAACGGACUUUAGUAAUGAACGGGAUACUACAACUUAUUUCAGGAGACAGGUGUGUGGAAAUAGUGUAUGUGGUCAUUUGUGAAUGUGUGAAAGUUUUAGUCUCAACAGGGAAUUUCCUGCUUACCUUAUCUGCCGGAGCGACGGCUGGUUUCUCUGCGAUCCUCAUUCCACAACUACAACAUGGCAAAGGGCACCACCACAGAUAUUCAAUAGGCAUGGUAUCAUGGAUAGCGUCCAUGUCAUCAUUUGCAUUAAUAUUUGGAAACAUAAUAUCUGGAUACCUAAUGGACAGACUCGGUCGAAAAAGGUCGCAGUUUCUGUGCGGACUAUGUUUUGUGUUGGGAUGGGGGAUCAUCGCGUUCUCGAAUGACGUAUUAGGAUUGAUAUUGACGGGAAGGUUCAUCACAGGGCUCUGCCAAGGAUGGCUGGGGCCUGUCAGUCCUGUGUUCGUCGCAGAAUUGAGCUCCCCAGACUACAGAGGGUUCCUUCUCGCAUCGCUCUCACUAAGCAUAGCUGUAGGUGUCUUCCUAUCACAUCUCUUUGGCACCUUCCUUCGAUGGAACAUCGCUGCGUUGCUCUGCGCGAUAUUCCCUCUCGUGGGCACCAUCAUCACAUACUUUGCACCAGAAUCCCCAGUCUGGUACGCAUCCCAAAACAGAAUCGACGAUUGUAUCAAAUCAUUCCAAUGGUACAGAGGCACGAGUCCAGCAAUGAAGACUGAACUAGAUAGAAUGAUUUUCGAACAAAGUAAAAAAGACAGAACCCAAUCAAAGAUGCAGGCGUUGUCGAAAAAUAUCAAGAAACCGGAAUUUUGGAAGCCGUUAGCUAUAAUGAUGAUCUUCUUCCUAAUUACGCAGCUUUCUGGUAUCAAUGUGAUUUGUGCUUAUACCACCGAGAUGAUGACGGAGCUAAUGGGCAGGCACACGGACAAGUCUAUUGCGUACGCCGCCAUGUUAAGUGUUGAUAUUUUGCGGUGUGCGUCACUGGUCGCGGCCUGUGUCGUACUGAGGAAAUGUGGGCGCCGACCUCUGGCCCUAUUUAGUGGAAUUUUUACAACCUUAUCAUUGAUAACUUUAGCUGUAUACCUCUACUUGGUGGAUGCUCGUGUUAUUAGACACAUGUCAAGGGUCAUUUCUUUAGGUCUAAUGGCAAUUUACAUAAUAGUAUCAAACUUGGGGAUAUCGCCGUUACCUUGGAAUAUGGUCGGCGAGUUGUUUGCCUCGGAAACUAAGGGAUUAGGGUCGGGUAUAAGUGUGAUGAUGACGUCAGUGGCUUUCUUUGGGACCAUAAAAACAGCUCCGUAUAUGUUCGAGAGCAUAGGUCAUAAUGGGGCUUACUUAUUCUAUGGCAUAUCUACUUUAUUAGGCACGAUAUUUUUAUUCUUCUACCUCCCCGAAACUAGAGGGAAAACUUUGUUACAAAUCGAAGAAUACUUUAGGAAAUCGAAAAAAGAAGAGAUUGAAGAAAAAACACAAAUUAAUGGUAAAUCGCCUGUAUGAAAGAAUGUGUUCUAAUUUAAUAGCAUUUGAAAUUAAACGAGAUCUCUUUAGAUGCAUUCAAAUUGUAAUUUUAGAACAUAAGAACAAAUAAAAAAUAGUCAGUUUUCGUGCUUUAAAACUAGAUUUGUAGAAUCAAAUUCUUUUAGGUAUUUAAUUUAAUAUGAAAUCGAGGUAAAAAUCAUAUACUUAAUUAUGUUUAGGUCAUCAGAAACUCAAUGGAAAUUGUUCAUAGAAAGUCGAUAUCAUGAAAUCAUUGUGAAAUAAGUUUUUAAAUUAUAAUUUUCGGAUGUAGUUUAACCUAAGGCAUAAGUUAUCAAUGUUGACAUAGGUAGUUACUAUCAUUACGAAAUCGUUAUCUGUAUUUUUAUUAUGUUGUUCCAAUGAU